UAUGAAUUCAUUCACACUCAGCAGUGAACAUGUAGUGUGCACUGUAAACCUAGUAAAUAACACUCGCCGGGAAUCGUUUAUCUUCCGGUUUCGAGAAAGACUGUUUCUAUUCUUAUGCGUUCACUCAUCUCGAGUCAUUUCGAGACUCGCUUGUAUACAUGCAAUUGAUUUUUUAUUUUAUUUUACGCCUACUUCAUCUGCUGGACGAGGAGACAUGGAUGUGAAGUGUCGUGUCGCCGGAGGUCGCAGUGUCUUGUGCUUGUUUGAUGUGGACGGAACGCUGACCCCCCCGAGAGAGAAGAUCGACCCUGAGCUGGACGAUUUCUUCCAGGCCUUGAGAAAGAAGGUGAAGAUCGGCGUGGUGGGCGGUUCAGAUUAUUCCAAAAUCGCAGAACAGCUCGGAGACGGAGAUGAAGUCAUACGCAAAUUUGACUACGUCUUCGCAGAGAACGGAACCGUGCAAUAUAAAGACGGCAAACUCAUCUCUAAACAGGCCAUUCAGAAUCAUCUGGGCGAGGAGUUACUGCAGGACCUCAUCAACUUCUGCCUCAGCUACAUGGGGCUCAUCAAGCUACCCAAGAAACGAGGGACGUUCAUUGAGUUUCGUAAUGGCAUGAUCAACAUCUCACCCAUCGGACGCAGCUGCACUCUAGAAGAGCGGAUCGAGUUCUCUGAAAUCGACAAGAGAGAGAAGAUACGAGAGAAGUUUGUGGCGGCUCUGCAGAAGGAGUUUGCUGGAAAAGGCCUGCGGUUCACCAGAGGGGGGCUGAUCAGUUUCGACAUCUUCCCGGAGGGCUGGGACAAACGCCUCUGUCUGGAAGUCCUGGAGCAGGAAGGACUGGACGCCAUCUACUUCUUCGGCAAUGAAACUACAUUGGGUGGAAACGACUACGAGAUCUUUGAAGACCCUCGGACGAUCGGCUUCUCCGUCUGCUCUCCUGAAGACACGGCGCGGCUCUGCAGGGAGAUGUUCUUUAAAGCUCCACCCAAUGAGGCGUGAAGCGUGUGUUCGCUGCACGGACCCCAGACUGCCCGCGUGCGGCCCCUGCCGGCCCCCGAGAACCAGCGGACCGAGACAGAACCACUGCUGGGCCGCAGACUCAAGGGACCGCAUGUAAAUAUCACUCACAGAGACUCGGCGUGUUCAUUUUUUGGAACAUUUUAAUGGUUUUCCAAAUAUUCAUUUUAAAGAUUUACCCUCUUUUUUUAUAAUAAAAGCUGUUUUGCUGCAGCCGCGUUCACACUGCGACAUUUCCGGAGUGACAUCUGCGUACGAAUCCUCUGAAUGAGGCACAGGACUCGCUCAAGAAGAUUUUUUUUUUUUUUUACCAAAGUAUUAGCUGUUAGUUAUCAGUUAGAGGCUUGUUUGUUUACCAGGUGCGCUCCGUGCAAAGGUAGCAUUUUUUUGUACAGUGUAUCGUAAAAUAAUGCAUUUUAACUGCUUUACUUGAAAAUAAUUGCCCAUCCACUCUUAAUAUGCCGAAACCAGUCCUUUAACGUUUCGUGUCUCGUCAUGUUGGCAAUUACAAACAUCUCCAUCCAUAUCUUCCAUACCUUUUAGCAUGCGUUUAGCAUUUCUGUCGCGCAGCAGUUGUCGGAUAUCAGAUGUUCAGCCGAAAGCUACAUCUCAGCUCCCAUUCUUCAACCGUUAGAACUUCUGCUCGCCUUCUUCGAACGGUAAACCCCACCUCCUUUGAUUUUGAUCGGUCAUUUCAAUCGUCCGACACUGAAGAGCCCCCUUAUAGGUAGAAAAAAAUUCUUUCCAGAGCAUGCGAUCUUUAACAGAUCAUUACAGCUAGUUCCCAGACAGCGCGUCUGUUGAAGAUGUCGGUUUUACAUACAUGCUAAAUCAUAAACCCCUUAAAGACCUCUAACAGACGGAUGAGGUGUAAAUGGAGCCGGAUUAGGAGUGACUCCGGAUCGGCGGUGUGUGAACGCGACUCAGUGCAGUGGAUCUGCUCCACGUUAAGUUUUGUCGUGCUUUUCCGAGAUGUUUGCGCUCAUUUCUGGGAUUGUUUAUCCUCUCCUGUGCUCUCGGACUGGACUCCGAGGUGUUUAAUGAACGGUCUGGUGUUUGUAUCGCGAGACAAUAUAAGAUUGACUGAAACGGGUUUGAAGCCGAGUUAAUUAAUAGUUGGUUCGUUUGUUGCAUCGCUCUCAGAACGGCUUUAGAUGUGACUUUUACGUGUUAAUCAUUCCAGACAUCGCUCAAACACUCCCUCCAUCCCUGAAAACAUGGUGCUGAUCCCAGAGAUUUCCAGGGCAUUGUAAAAAAAAAAAUUUUUUUAAACCAGAUAUCAAGUAUUUAUAAUUCAGAAUCCAUGUUCUGUUUAAUCUCAUGCUAUGAAUGUCGCUUCAUGUCUGACGGCAUAAAUGCACUUUAACUUGAAUUGAUUCAUAUCGAAAAUUACACUAACGGUGUAAAUGGUGCCGGAUUAAAGAAACAAUGUGACUUUAAUUCUAUUAAACUCAUUUGAGUAUC